AUGUUGGUACCUACAGGCUGGUUCAUACGUGCGUUGCUGAUCUUGGAGGGCACGCAAUUUGGAAUGGGAUUGGCGAUGCUCAUUAGCACCCCGAAAAUGGAUGGCGAGACAAAGAGGGGUCGAAUGGAGGAAAAGGCUUCUUACUCUAAUAAAAAAAAGGAAACUAGUGAAGCCCGGUCAGGGAGCCAGCAGAUCAUGCGAUCGUGGAAGUGUGUUUCUCACCCCCCUCCCAUCCCUUCCUUCCUUCGCUUCCCUUCUUAUCCCGGCAAGGUAGCAGUGCUAACUUGGUUUAAGGUGUUACCUCAACCAUGUGGCCGGCUACCCACCUCGAACGGCUCCCAUCGCGGCCACAUGCGGAAUCCUAGCAGGAUCAAUAAAAGUGCCACAGCACCCUCCCUGAUGCUGGUGAUGGGAUGCAGGCCGCUGCGUGGCCCCCGGCCAGGAGGGAGCAAAUCCCCCAACGACAGCUGGCUGCGGCGGACGUCGAAGCGCUGGACUGUGCACAGUUCUCUCUCCCUGUCUCCGCACGACAUCCACGAGGGGAUCAGGCACCGUGAAGAGCGGAAAAGAUCCCAGGCGCUUCGGAUGGCGGUCGCCGAGAACGGGCCCCAUAAUUCAAUGACGCUGUUGCCGGCCUGCCAACCAACCAGUCCAAGUGUCAACCGCCAGUGCCCAUGGCUUUCCUCCGGUGGAGCAAGGCAGCGAAGCUAA